UUUUUUAAAAUUUAUUAAAAUAUUCUUAUCAUUCCGUUUCCUACUCGUAACUAUCUUAAUUUAAAAUUACUCUCCGACACUGUAAAAAAUUUUCCCCCACCCACACUGAAAAUAAGAGCUUAAAUUUUCUUCACUUUCUUGAGGGAGGGGUUGUAUGCUUUCCGUGUCAACAGAUUAUAACCGUUAGCAUGUGAAGCGUGUCAAAACAGAAGAUUGCAUUUCAACAGAUGAAGGAGACACAAGAAUCAAAGGUCUGGGGUAAAAACAAUGGUUUUUGCGGAGCUAAAGUUGGUGGUGAAUAUAAUGUUGGACAUGUACCAUCUCAAAUCAGCUGUAAUGGUGUGUUGAUUAUCCUGAACAAUGUCAGACGCUUGUGGUGGCUGAAUUGGUGAUAUUGAGUUGGAUUUGAAAUUGCAUGUUCUUAACAUGUGAACUCGUGUCCUCCUGGCAGACCUUGGUAAAGCUGCAUAUAGGAAAGAGAAUGGGCUGGGUGCUCCUCCGGGGCCUUCUUCAUCAACUUUGAUAUAUUAUGUGAAAACUGCAAAUGAGCAGCCUUCAUGCAACAGUGAUUUUUGCAAUGUUGAUGGCAGAAGGCAAGCUACAGGAACUGGUGAUACCAUUCCUUCAUAUGCACAAAUGUCAUCAGGAACCCAAGCUGCUUGUUCAGGAGUUACUGCAGGACAUGUUUCUAUGGCUAACAUUGUUAGGAUGGGUAGGCCGUACAAUAAGGGUUCCCAAAUUACAUAAGUGACAUCCUAUGCUCCUCAAGAUGUGGUAGAUUCAGUAAGCUCAUCCCAGUACUGUCGUAAACCUUCAUGCGAUUCUUCUCCCUCUCCACCAGUAAUGCACCAAGGUCUGCAAUGUUCACGUCCUUCUCAAGUGCCUGAGACAAUUCACCAUUCUCAUGUUAGUGCGAGCUUUCAUGAUGAAUGGCCUGUGUUUGAUCAGCAAACAGCUGCUGGUGGGUCAUAUACCUUUAAAGUGUCUAAUGCCUCCAGCACUGAGAUGUUUUCUAAUUCAAUCUUGCUUAUAUGAAGAUGGGACUAAUUUGACUGAAGACCGCCAAUUGGAGGAGGUCCAAGUAUCAGAGAGUGAUGCCGCUAACAAGAAUCCAGUUUCUAAUUGUGCUGAAUCUGCUUUUCCAUGUAGAAGACAGGAAAAUGUGAAUAGUGCUGUAGGUGAUUCUUGUUGGGGUGAUGGUUUACUGAGGGAUACAAGUUAUGAUUCUCGGAGACGCAUGAAUGAUCGUUGGGAAGGAACUGGUAGUGGCGUCCAAUUACCUUUCCCAAAUGUUGCUGCACCUUUGAACGAUGAAGUAUCAUCAGCUGCUGCGGACUUGCAGCAGCUAAGUUUGGGGAAGGAGGAACCUGCAGUGCCUCCAUCUGAGGAUAAUCAUGCAGUGUUGUUUCCUGAGUAUAUGCAAGCCUUAGCCGCGGACUUCUCACAUUUGAGUUUCGGUACAUACAAAUCUGGGACUUAUCAUGCAGUUUCUGUACCACUAGCACUGACUCCCGCAAAGAGUAACUUGGAGAAGGCUUCUGCAGCAGCAAAUGGUCCAUCCCCUCCAUGCAAGGAGAUUAGGCGUGAGUCUUUCAGCUUGAUUCCAGUUCUGAGUCGGAGUGCUUUUUCUCUAUCCGUGUCAUGUUCACCAACACUGCCUGGUGUCACUCUUGCCCCACAACCCGCACUUUCCCAGCAUCUUUCAGCAAAUUUGUCCUCUCAACCAGCUGUACCUGACCAAUUUGACUGGCUAUCCUGCAAUGGCUCAGAACCAUGCUCAUAAUCCAUCUGCUUUUCGUCAAGCAUAUCAAGAUAACAGCGUGUUCCAUCAUUCCUUGUCAAGCAUGGGCUACAGCCACCCGCAAUACAAAACAGGUGCUUCCAGGAGAAAUUUCCCCUUGUCUGAUGUGAACAUUUCUGGUUAUGGAGGUUUUGGGAGCGCUGCCAACUUUCCUGGAGCCAUUUUGCAAGCUGCUGCCUCAGCUGGUUCUGCAGGUGGCCAUGAUUUUUUGCUUUCUCAGCAUCAAGAGAGAAAUGAUUUCACCACACUUCAUCAGAAUGAUGGCUCUUCAAGAAUGAUGUUCACUCUCCCAGACAACGGAUAUUUCAGUUUGCCAGGACUGUUUUCUGGACAUCCAAAAGGUCAGCAGCAGCAGUCACAGGAUUGAUUAUAGGUCCUUAUCAACAAGGUCAGCAGCUCUCACAGGAUUAUGGUGCUCUAUUUCAUUCAAAUGCAUAUCAUUCUCAAGUCGGAAGUCCACCAGAACCACAUCAAAGCCUUAGUGAUCUUAGUUUUAGUAGUUCUCGAGGGCCAGUACCCAAGGUAGCAGAGCUACUAAUGGUUAUAGGUUAUCAUCUAAUUAAUUACCCAACUUUGUCUGAACAGCUGCUGAUGGGUUUCUGUAGCUCUUUUUUUGUAGCGAGUGAAAAAGUGGCAAAUUAAGUUUGUUUUUGCAGUAAAAAGUUCAUUGAUUUUGAGGGUCCGGAUC